CUUUCACUCAGUGCUUCUGGACCUUCAGCAGAACUUCUUAAGUUCAACCCAAACUGAGGACAUGAGCUGCAACAACAAAGGAUCCCGGCCUUGGGGGCAAACACAUUCUGGUAAUUCGCAAUGUCCUCCCGUGCCUUGCCCCCCGGCACCGUGCCCUCCUCCUGUCCAUUGCCCGGUGAAGCCCCCUUGUGGAGGCCAUGGGGAGAAGCCUGCGGGAUGUCAUGGAGACAGUCACACUCAAGGAGACUGUGAUGGACACGGUCAUGGACAUGGACAUCAUGAUCAUCAUGGACAUGGACAUGGACAUGGACAUGGACAUGGACAUCAUGAUCAUCAUGGACAUGGACAUGGACAUGGACAUGGACAUGGACAUCAUGAUCAUCAUGGACAUGGACAUGGACAUGGACAUCAUGGACAUGGGCAUCAUGGCCAUCAUCAGGGACACAAACAUAAGAAGUGUCACAAGAAGGGCAAAGAAUGUCACAAGUCAUCCAGCAGCUCCAGCAGUUCCAGCAGCAGCAGCGACUCCGAUUAGAUCUUCUCAAGAGAAAGUACUUAGCUCAGACUCUCCAGAAUCAGAAUCAGCUUUAUUGCCAUGGUCAGCGGGGAUCCCACCUACUAGAAAAGUGCUUUGGAAUAACAUGCAGUCAAAAACAUAAUAAAAAUAAUAAUUAAAAUAAAAUUUAAUAAACAGUGAUAAUAUAAACAACUCACUCCAGAGGUGUUUUGUAUCAAUCUGAAUGGCAUGAAACAGAAUGUUCAAUCACAUCUGAGUCUUUGUCUCUGACACAAUAUUCCUUUGUGGCUCAUGAAUAUUGGUAUUUAUUCUCACCGUUUUUUCCCCAACACGAAUAAAGAAGUGCAGUAUUGACAGUGGAGAGGGAUGAAAUGUACUUCUGGGUCAUAGUGCGCAUUAGUUGUGUUGGAGACAAUCGUGGACACGGUCAUUGUUAUCAUUUCCUCCUCAUCAUAGUAACUGCUGAGUCAUCAGUCAUCUCAAGAUCAAAGUCCAGGAAAAUGACUUGAUUCUAAAUGUUGUAAAUAUGGCUGAAUAAACCUGACUCGUUUUUCUCUUUUGGUAUAUUUAUGAUGUUUACACGUCACGUGAUGAUGAACUCAACCUGCAUUAUUUGUAAGAUAACUAACUAAUGCAUGCAAUACAUGUUACAACACAUGAAAAUGACAUGUUAGAAGGUACAUUUUGAAUGGAACAUGACACUCUGUUUUCCAUGUUUGACAAUGUACCGUCCCUCUUUAUGACCCGUCUGCCUCCUUGUUCCAUAGUGCUCGAAUAGUAAUAAUAAUAAAAGAGAUCCUUAUGUGAAUCAGCGGUGGACAAUAAACAUUGCAGUAUCCCAGUAGUGUCUUCAGGAUUUUAUUUUUUAUCGCUUCGGAUUCUGUUUUGCAAAUCAAUGAGAGAGUCAUUGUCCACACUAUGAGGAUCUUGCUGGGAAAAAUAACAAUCAAACAGUGAGCGCACAACAGUCAAACAGAUGUGACGGUACCUCGUCUAUUUCAAAUAUAUUUCUUAAAUCUGGAAAUAAUGUUUGCAACACAACUCAUAAUUUUUUUUGAAAUGGGUGUAGUGGUUCGGAAUCUCCAGAAAGUGGUGCCAAUUCGCCGCGCCAGACUGCGCCGGGACGUGGACACGCUGAGACACAUUUUGGGAAUCCAGAAGUUCGACUUGGGGAUUGUCUGCGUCGACAACCAGCGAAUCCAGCACAUUAAUCACGUGUACAGGAAAAAGAACGUCCCCACGGACGUCCUGUCUUUCCCCUUUCACGAGGAUCUGAGGCCUGGGAAGGUGCCCUGCCCCCUGCACCGAGAUGAGCUGAACCUUGGAGACAUUUUUCUGGGUGUGGAGUUUGUCAUGCAGCAGUGUCAGGAGGAGAAGAUGGAUCUGCAUGGAGCUCUGACUGUCGUAACAGCUCACGGUAUUUGUCACCUGCUCGGCUACAGACACGAGACGGAGGAAGAGUGGACUGAGAUGCUGCAGAGAGAAAACUACAUCCUCAGCGAGUACAGCAGACUGACGGGGCGCCACCUGCUGCCGCUGAUGAAGAAGUGCAGCCAGGACACGUGACGAAGACUCUGGAUUCGCUUGGACAUUCAGGAUGGACUCAGACCGAUUAUCGGUCUACUGCUGAAAUCUAAUAAUUGAAUUUUGUAAACAUGGAGCUGGUGAGUAUCUUCUGAUACCAUUUGGGUUUUUAAAAGUUGAUUCUCACAGAAUCAAAGCCUUUUGAAUGUAUGUAAUGCAGUUUACACCGGGUUGUAAACAAGUGGUUUUUGAUCUGGACUUGACGUUUCUUGAGAUGCAGAACGGCUUCUGCUCAUGAAACAUUUGUGAAUGAUUUGGGCAAGGUUCCAUCAGGUCGGCUUUUGGGUACAUUGUUUUUUGUCAAUCUUGAUCAAUGUUGACUGCUUUUUGACAGAACUAUUCUUUCUGGUGCCUGUUUUUUUCCCACCAAGUGUUAUUUUUAUAUUUUAAACCAAAGUUUCAUCAUUUUUUUAAGUCAUUUGCUUUUUAGUCUUUACCUCAUCCUCAGCAAUGCAGGUUAAAAGCUCAGAUCCUAAACUGAACCCUGAUAACUCAACAUGAAGCAUAACUCACAUCCUUGGCCUCAGUGCUCUCAUUGUUCUUCAACACUGAGAACACAGCAGAAACAGAUGUUUGAUCACAACUGCGUGGUGUCCUGGAGACUGAAUUUUUCCAGUUGAAACUUGAAAAUAAAACGUGCUGCUGCUGUUGUUAAGAUCAAAAUGAAAAACUUCCCCAGAACCAAGUCUUCAUUUCACCUUUUAACUUUAUUAAAAUUUUACUGAAAGAAGUGAAGGGGGGUAAAAAAAGGGUCUCAUUUUUUUGCCGUGUCAGCACAAAGUGAUGAUUCGGGUUUCAGCUGUGCAUUUUCUUACAGUAAAGCAACAAAACGGCAAGUCGGCACAAGUCCAUCUGCAAGGUCGCCUUGCGGAACUUCCACUCGAAUAAAUAGAAAAGAAGUCUAAUCUGACAAAACAUUCAGAAACGCUUGUGCAACAAAGUAAAGCUCAUAUACAACAUUUAUAAAACUUGAUUUUCUAUAGGAGGCACACAGCAGCCAGUAGAAACACACACCUGGUUCAGUAUCCGACUGCUUUUUAGAGAACCUGACGAUGCUACACACGCGCGCGCGCAGAAGCGGCCACUUUCAAUCAACAUGAAUAUUGCACCGAACCACCAAACACAAUAGAACCUUCUAGAAAUUAGAUUAUGACCCAUAUUUACAUGUCUUUAGUUGAAAUAAAGGGUUUGCAGUGAGCCAAAGACAAAUCAACACAAAGGAAAACUGAUGGAAGUUUGCCGCCGUGCUGACGCUGUGAAGGAGCACCAGACCACUGGGGCAUCAGUAGUUACACGCCAACAGGAGAGACUCUUGUGGAGGCUCAGAGGGGCUGCAGGACGCUCCUUCCCACCUCUGCAGAAGCUCCGGUUCUCUCCAUCUCUGACAGCUGCUCAAACACGUCCCUGAACGGAACAGAAAUUCAGUUGAGCGUCGAUUGAAGCUUCAGUUAGUCUUCACUGCAUCACUCACUUGUGCAUGUAGAAGAAGAUGUAGCCGCUGCGGUCCCGGUCGCUCUGGACAGCUGACUCGUGCGUGCGAGACACAUCCAGGUCGUUGUAGGUCAGCCACGACUGCUUCUUCAUGUCGUACACGUCGCUGAUGUAGUGACCUGCCGACAGUGAGCGAUGACACAGGUCAAUAGCGUCAGCGCCAGGGCAGGAGAGCAACAGCGUCCAGGCCACUCACCAGAGGACGAGCUGCUGCCAAUGUGACUGACCACACUGAUGAGACGGAAGGAGUUGGACAGGUCGCCAUUCUGGAGAGGAAACAUCAUGCUCAUGUGACCUCACUUUUGUAGGUCAUAAAUCAAUCGAGAGAUACAGCGUGUCACUUGCGCUCUAUACUAAACCCAGAGUGUGCCGGUCUGUACCUCUGCGUUCCUCUUCAGGCUCUCCGUCUCCGCCUCGGUGUAUUCCAUGUCCAGCAGCUCCUCGUUCCCAGAGUCUUCAUCCGAGCACAGGAGGUCAGGCAGGGAGUUGUUGAACUCUGUGAUACAGGACCCUGCCAUUAGGCUGUUUCCAUUUAACAGGGACGUGGGGGUAAAUGGGGGGGGAAAAAAAUGUACCUUGCAGGCUGAGUUCCGUCGCCCUCUUCAGGUCGUCGUCCUCCCUCAUUUCCUGAGCCUCCUACGCCAGAACAAACGGACAUUAAUCCUCAGGUCACUGCGCACCUGCCGUGCUGUGACCAUCGUACAUGCUCUUGCAGACUUUGAGCCAGCGCCUGCUGCAGCUCCUGCUCCUCCCUCUCCUGAUCCAGUCGGUACUGCUGAACCCAGUCCAGCUCCCCCUGCUGGCCGGGCCCCUCGGGAGUCUGGUUCUCUUUAUUUUCAUCCAUGGUCAAAUCCAGGGAGUUGAGCCCAUCUGCAGCAGGGACACAAUUUAGUAUUCACAAUGUCUCAUCUCAUCCGACCCAUUGAGAAACACAAACCCGCAGGCUGCUUGCUGUCAGGGUCCAUCAGCUCAGCGUGAUACGCCAGGUCGUGAGCAUCUGCGUCUCCAAACCCAGUGUCUGGGCUGCUGGUGGGCUCGUCGUCAAGCGAAGCCGGUGCAGACAGCGCUGCCUCUUGGCGACUCAUCUCCAACACUGCCACCAACAUUUCGUCGUCGUUGAUGCCGCUGAAGUCAGCAGGAUCCAUCACGGCUCCCUUCUGGAAGUGACAGCCACAGUCAGUACAUGUUGCAGAGAUGGAGGGCUCAACAUCUCAAAUGAAGAUCUCACCUCUUCUGGUCGGUCGCCAUCUUCAGACAGACAACUGCUGAGCUGUCGUCUUCGCGUUGUGUUGCCUUUUCUGGUCGGUUCCUCCUCGCUGUCGGAGUCCAGGAGAAUAGUGUUGGCAGUCUUCCCGCCGACUCGCCUGUGAGAAGUAACAUUAAUUUAUACAAUCCAUGGAGAUCUCCCACUUUCAUCUCUGCACCUGCUACAGUCACAGAAUUAUGUUGAGGCCUCACAAAUAAGCAAAGAUCCUUGACGGUUGCUCACGUUGAACAUCACACUUGUCAUAAAACACACAAUGUACGAAUGUCUGAGUACUUAGUUUUUCAUCCCCAUUUCACAAGUUUGUCAGACACAUACCUCUAUAAUUCACAAA